GUGGGCGCGAUACGCUUCUACAUAUAGUAUUCUCCGAUCUCAAGGCUAUUGACAAGAUUUCCACUUCGAGUGACCUGUUAUUUUUGCUUGUUGGCGUUGUGAUUUCUGUCGGUUGUCUCAUUAUUUUAUCUGAACAAUGUCCGAAGAAUGGAAAAAACGGUGUGAAAACCAUGUAGAUGAACACAAAAGCUUGAAACAUUUACAUAUAACGGACCAUCAGGGAACUCCCUACGGCUCAUCUAGUCCUGAUUUCCAACUAUCUCCCGAGUUUGUACUUCAGCUCAAAUCAUUACUUACUGAUGAAAAAGACACCUCUUUUACGUUCAUGAAUGAAAAGUACAUCAUCAUAAGACGCGAUCAGACUAGUUUUAUCAGCAGAUGUCUCAAGAAGUCAAUUUUAUUCCAUAUCACACCAAAACGUUAGUCUCAUUCCAUGUACAUUUAUGUUACUUGAACAUUUUAUGUUUUAUUUUUGUUGACCAAUAGGUCAAGAUGAUGAUUAGUUAUCUGAUUAAACGCCAUUUUAUGAUAAUUCUUGGUAAAUGACAAAAUGAUUCACUUAUAUGUCGAUAAAGUAAUGUAACAUUUUCCAAGUAAAGGUUAAUGUACUGUACUUAGAAUCAUUUUGUGAAGAAUCAUACUGCUAGAUUUUGAAACCAUAUGGAACGGGGUUUUUUGAUAUGCUUCACAGCGACUAAAUGUUUAGUGUUUCAACCACUCACUGGGUAAACGUAAGCACAAUACUUCUUGGCUAAUGUCGGACCAUAUUUUGAGGUAUAAAUGAACUUUGUUGAAGUACUUUUAUUCUAGUUUAACUAAGCGUUUCCAAGGAAAACUCGCGUCAGAACAUUCGCAAUUUGAUUGAAAAGUAUAUUUUAUGCUAAGCCAUUAGUAUGCGGUUUGCUCAUCUGUAAACCUUGUUGUUGGACCUCGGUUUUUUAUUGUAAUUAUUUGUAAUAAUCUCAAUGUUUUCUAACGUAGAUGUGUGCCGUAAUCUGUAACUGUAUAUAGUGAAUGGACGACCUUGUGCAAGUAGUAACGUGCUUUAAUUAGUUUCCCGAUUAUGAGCAAAUAUGUGUCCCAUUUCAUUUUGGGAUCGUAUUGGUGUACAACAUAUGACAGUUUGGACUGAAUUUAACCAGUGAUACGAAACAGUUAAUAUCAGUCUCGCUAUUCAAAGUGUCUCUAUUUAUGUCUUAUCAUUCCAAAGUACUGGCAAGCCUUCUGUUUGGUAUGGGAUAAGCGAAGAAGACUGGUGUCGUAUGAGAACCACUUUGCAUCAGUAGUGCCAAACUUCUGUCUAUUGACAAUUAGUUGAGGUACAGUAUGACUUCAGUUGCGCUGCCCUAGCACGGAGGUUAUGUGGAACUCAAUCAUGUAAAGUCGAUCAUAUUUUUAUGAUAAUAUGAAAUGGGUUAAGAGCAAACUUCCAAUGAAAAAAACAACUACAUCAUUCGGGUUAUUUAGUCGUAGCAUUUAAUAGAAAUUAGUUUUGCUAAAGGUACGAUAGACCCUAUCUACAUUUCGUUUAGUUAGCGCGCCACCCGAUCAUUGUCCAGUAAUUACAUCCUACCAUUAAUUGUGCAAACAAAUAUUUUAUUCAUUUUUAUUUUAUUUUACAAUAUUUGCAUAUAAGUGACUGUUUUAUUUACUCAAAUAAUUCAGUCGGCCAGCGGUUCUGUCUUUUGAUGUUCAUUCAGUUGCGAUUUGAGGACUCAAAAAGUCAAAGUGGAUAAAAUCAACAGGAUGGAUUCCGUGAGUAUUGUCUAUUCAGUCAUCUCUCUUCAGUGUUCAUUCGAUCUGCGUUCGUUCUCAAUCAAAAUGAAGGUUGUUACAGGUUUGUAAAUUGGCCGUAUCCUGCACCCAUUUUGUGAGGGAUAUUUCUGUAAAUUUUUUGGUUAGUCUUUUGCUAAACAACUCAAGUAUUGCUCAUCAGGAAUACUAUCCUAUUCUGACUUCUUGCUGCAUACUUCUCAAAUGCAUUCAUACAGUGAUUACUAAUGCAUUUAUUGUUCUAAACAUUUUAUUUUCAGUUUGCUUGGUUGGACAGACUGUCGACGAUAUUCUAAAUAAUUGCAAUCCAGGAAACCAUGCAAUGAGCUGUAUUUGCGAUUAUUACAAGAAAUAUAAUUACUAAUUAACUUUGCGUACGAUGCAAUACAUCGUUCUUCUGAUGUAUUUGAUUGAUACACCAAUAAAUAAUGCCCAUGUAUUAACCUUUGCUUGUUUCCAUUUUUGGACUAUUCAUUUUUGUCUGUAGGGUUUAUCUAAUUCGAUUUAAGGUUUGGUGCUGCUACCACCAACUUAUAGCACAGGUGUUUGUGUUUUCUCAGAUCACCAUUUUCCAUGUUUUAAAAAAAUGAAUGUUUACUAGAUUGUAACUUAAGUGCUAUAGCUUCCUUUCUAAAAUCCGAUGGAGUGUGUUUCGUCUGUAAAAAUUUUUGAUACUUCAAUAUUUUGAAAGUUCUUAUGCAUUAUCAUUAGCUUGCUUGUUUUCAUGAAUUGGUUUCAUAUAUUUACCAAAAUUUUAAAUCGCUAAACUAUCGCCACUACCUGAAUAAGGGAACUGUAUUUUGUUAUAAUUGGAUUAUUAAAUCAACACCUUUGCUACAAAACUUGUUGUUUUCAUUCUAGUCGAAAUCGUCUUACGUUGGGUUGCUUCUACCUUACUACAGGUAUAUUUUAGAUAUGCCUCCAAAUCGUGCUUCCAUUGCUACUAUCAAAUCCACCCAUGAUUUGUUCCCGUAAUUCCUUACUGGUAUCAGGCAUGAGUAUGUGCAGCGCCUCGUGAUCACAUGUGCUAAUGAUGUAUGGAGUUGUAGUCUAAUAUGAUUGGUCUCAUUUCGUUUCAAAACUACAACAAGAAUACUCACUGUCUGUAUCUACUACCCUAUCUCGUACAGUCGUUUUUCAGAGAUAGAAAAAUGGGAUAGUUAGGAGCUAAAAAUUGUGUAUGGUGACCAAUUACCGCGAUAUUGAAGUCACCCAGUUUUUCCCGCUACUUGGUUCACAUUUGUCAAUACUAUGAAUAUAUUCACCAGCUUUGUAUAUCUCGUAAAUUGGCUUCAUCUAUCGUAAUCCAGGUAAAAGUGUUCUACUAGUUCCCUCAGGCCUCUUUCGAGUUUGUCGACAUAAUAAUGCAUGACAAGUAUUUAUGCGAAGUUGGAACCUCUAGUCUCUACGCUAGGUGUCGACACUUAUUUCCCAUUACAACAUUAUCCUGGCAUCCAAAAGCGGCUCUCUUAUGAUCUGGGUAAAUAAGUAAUGUACAACCUGUACUAAAUUAUUUGCGUAUAGGAGAAUUGGUUGGUGAGACCCUAGAUCCAUAAAUAUCGUAAACACUGAGACGGUAUUCCACUAUUCAAAGUGGUGAGUGGCUAAACGAGAUCAAGUCUAGUGAAACAAUUACACCUACCGUAUAUUUGCCAACAUCCGAGUUAAAGAAUAUAGGAGAUAGGAGGCAACCUUUGUGUGGUUCGAGUGCACGCGGACCUGCUUGAGGGUGAUUCACACCACAUGGGUCUUUCAGGUGGAGGUUGUGAUAUAGUGGUCUAAAUCAUUUAUCUUCGGUUGGCGUCGUCUUAUUUUACCAACUGUGUUGCAAGGUGAAUGUUACAGGAGAUGCAGAACUCGUGUUUUGCGGACUUUCGUUUCCAGUGGCCAAUUGUGUCGUGAGGAUGUCCUCAGUUUUCCGGAUCGUACGGUUUUGUUUGGCAUUGUGUUACAUGUUAACUAGGAAAAUUGGUUUCAAAACACCUUAUAGGUUACAGUUUAAGGCAGUUGGUCUACAAUAUGUUUCCCCAGGAAAUGUUUUGGGGGCGUUUACCACUGAGGAGUUACGCAGUUGGUCGGGGUCAGUAAGUCACGGAGUUUUUUAAGUCUGGUAUCCGUUUCGUUUCAAAUCAAUAGUCAGUGCUGCAGAGCGACGUCUCAGCCUUCUUUUACUGGUCUGGACAUCAUCGUAAGUCUCAUUUCAAGACUGAUCGGAACCACAAACAAGCUGCGUAAGAGAACUUCCAUAUCAUAGGGAAAUUAAGGCAAUUGUCUAUGAACAAGUGGGGUGGGGUAGUUGUUCACUCUACUUAAUAGUUUCUCAGUUUAAAUUAAAAUACAACACAAUAUCAUUGGUAAAUGGAAAGGUUAAAAUGAUAAUGAUUAACAGUAUUUCAUCUAUUAAUGAAGUUGUUUGGAGAAUCACUAUCUGAAGUCCUAGAAAUCAUUACCAUCGAUCGUUUUAGAAAUCGAAUUCUCUAUAGUUAUGUCCAAGCUGUAAUUUACACGUAAUUGAUAGUAUCAAUGGAGAGUAGUCGCAUUAAACUGCGUAUUUACUAUGUUACAAAAUUAUCAAUAUAAUUCAGUGAUUCAUUAAUUUCAUGCGGCUUACUUUUUGUUCAAACUAAAAGAGUGAACACUUCAGUGUUAAUUAGUUGGAAACUGAUGAUACAGAUGUUCAGCGUUUCGUUUCUUACUAAUCCACCAAUUACAUCAGCUCUCAAUUGAAAUUAGUUUCAUAUUAGAUCAGUUCCUACCACCAAUAACUUUCUAACACCCAUAUCUUACCACUUCUAGGUUUGUUCGUAUGUGAGAACAAGUACGCUUAAUUUCUUUACUAAAUAAUCAGUGUAUAAAAUUGUGGGUGUGUAUUUACGUAUGUAUCAGCUGAUAUGUUCUGCAAAGUAAUGACAUUUAUUAUUAUCUCUAUGAAUGUGAAGAUAAGGUUCAUUAAUUAAUCAAGAUGGAACCCUGAUCUCUAUAGACUAGAAUCUAAUACAUGCCCCUACUUUGCUUAUAUCUCAUGGAGAUAAUUUAUUCCUUUACUUAGCGUCAGCCCAUUGUAUUAUCUAUAGUACACAUAUUAGAAAAAUGUUCAAUGUGCACUUUACUGAACCGCUUUAUCGUUUUACUUUUUUUUCAGUUUGUUAUACAUUCCCGAAAAUAACUGACAUUUCGACUUUCAUGGGUAGUCAGACUAUUAUUGAAUCUCAGUGGAAUCUGCCAUCAAAUUAUGUGAGGAUCCGUAGUCCAUUAACCUGAACUGAUUUUAGACAUAUGUAUUCUCGAUCCAGAUAUAUAGUUUUUCAGAAACCUCCAUCCAAUGAACAAAUGUAGCUACACUUUAUCUGAGUCCAUUUUGUACAAUAACAUCCCCAUAUUUUAAGAUCAAUGUCUACUCCCAACCAUAGUUUCCUAAUCUGUUGUGCAGGUGAAGAUUAUGAGAUGAUAAACACAAUAAUGUGUCUUUGAAGAAUAAACUGCAAAGAAUUUUUGUACUGUUAAUUUAAUCUAAUGACCGAGCAUUUGAUGAUUUUCGCUACGUACUAUAGGAAAUAUUUGAUUCAGGACUAACGUAUACUAACUCUUGUUUUGGAAAAAUCAGCUGAUACUUAAGAACUUUGUGUAACCAAAUCUCUGUGAACCGUAAGGGGAGCACCUUUAGAAAUAGUGGGACAUUAUUACCGUUAUGCAGUCGCUUAAGUUAACACACUGCACAAGCAACGCAUCAAGUGGAAAUCUACGAGUUAGAAACAAAUAAAUCGAAUAUGAUGAUAUCACAAAAUGAGCGAGAAGUCUACAAGACUGGGAAAUUUGAGGAAUGUAUUAUUCUUACUGAAUAAUCAUAAUCAGUGUGUUUGGAAACCUUUAAAAUACUCGAGGGUUGACUGAUCACACUCUGCUUGCUGCCCAUCCACUGUCACUGCUUGUCCAAAACCCGCGUAUAAAAGGAGGGUUGAUGUGGUGCUUGUACUAAUUAAUAAGUUCUUUGAACUUCAUCGCGCGCGUAAUUGAAAUUACAAAACAAAGUACAUCCAAAUGUCUUCAUUGCUUACUCUGACUUAAGUGCUAGUCCGUUUGUGACUAUUAGAGUACUCGUCGAAUAGUCCUGGGAAUAAGCAGUCAUCAAACCGAAUUCUACUAACUUUCCCAAUCAUAAUCAGAUGUAGAGAAAGCUAAGUUACCCUACU